CCCAAAGCAAAGUCUCCGACAAAACACUUGAAUCAGAACCGAUCCUUCCCCAUCAUUCACAAUGGUCGCCGCCUGGAGAGCUGCUGGUCUUACCUACAAUAAAUACCUAUCCAUCGCUGCAAGAGUUGUGCGCAGGUCCCUUAAGGAACAGCCUCGCCUUGCUGCCGAGCGUCGUGGAGAGAUGCAACUCAAGUUUGCGAAGUGGGAGGGUGGAAAGCAGGGUGAUGUAAAAAGCUUGGCCAAGGAGUCUGCGGAGUAGUAGAGGGGGACUUUUAUCGGUUUACUUUUUUUUUAACCCCCCCCCAAUUCCUAUUAUCGUACAAGCAUGUAGAAGAUAUCUUUUUUUAAACGGUGUUUGGGGUGGAAAGGAGGGCAUUGCUAGUGUAGAAUCCACCGAUUUCACUGAAAUAGAGGCGAGAUCCUCCAUCACACCUCAAUUCCUUU